AUGUCUGGAUUCCCCAUGCAACAGCAAGCACAAGCUCGAACUGCUUCAUUAGCCUCUGCGCGAUUGUCACACGGGAAACUGGGCGGUGCAAACUGGAGCUUCAAUCUACCUGUCAGCGGAACAACUGGCCUACAGGGCAAUCAACAGCGCACAAUGGGAACAAUGGGCAGUUUUGCGCAAAGUCUAGGAGGGUCGCAAUCUACGGCUCCACUCGAUCUGUCGGAGUUCCCUUCGCUAUCAGGAGCAUCACAGCAAUCACAGUCACAGACUCCCGGUCAGCUAAUGUGGGCCAACGCAAGUCAACGCGCUGCUCAGCAAACACCCGUUCAAAGACAACAGCACCCUCCGACGUCGCAAGCCCCCUCUCGUUCCUCCCAACCCCAAGGUCUUCCUACACCGCAACAAUCGCAGGCACAACAUGAUGAUAUGUUCCCUUCUGGUACGCAGUUUGCCAAUCGACUAGAUGACUUUAGAAAUGGUGGGCAGGGCAUCAGUAACCAACUCGGUGCGGGUGGACAACCCCAGACAGGCAAUAUCGAAGAGUUCCCUCCAUUGGGUCGAAAUGCCGCUGCUGAACUUCCCCUCGGCCGAACCGGUCCUUUGAUGCAGGGUGCGGGCUUUGGAGGCUAUGGGUCUGGUAUAGGGACCUCACGAUCACCAGUCAGCCAAGUGCCCAAUGGCAUUCUGGGACAAGAGAAAGAAGUAGGUAUUAUCAGUAAUACUCACUUACAAGGCGGCACUGACUUCGAACAGGACUUGAACAAUGGCGUGCUACCAGGCCAGCGUAACUUUAGUGACCCGCAACAGCUACAGCAAAGGCAGGCAGAAAGUAGCGAUAGCCAAGAUGUUUCCGGUGCUUCGCAGAGCGCCGAACAACCGCCUCUUGCGCAAAUGAGUGAACUUGACAGAUUUGGGUUGGCCGGUCUGCUACGUAUGAUUCAUGGCGAGAGCCCUGAUGUCGCAAGUCUCGCCGUUGGCCAAGAUUUGAUGACACUAGGAUUAGAUUUAAAUCAGGCGGAGCCUUUGCACACAUCAUUUGCUUCGCCAUUUGUGUCAUCAAUGUCGGCCGUCCCUCUGGAACAAGAUUUCUCUUUGCCAAGCUGUUAUAAUGUUGCCAAUAUUCAACCCCUUCAAUCUCGCAUUCCCGGAUUCAGCGAUGAGACACUCUUCUUCAUCUUCUAUAGCAUGCCCCGGGAUAUCAUGCAAGAACUAGUUGCCGAGGAAUUGAUGGGCCGGAAGUGGCGGUACCACAAGCUUGAGCGAUGCUGGCUGACUCGCGACGAGACAUACCCAGGACCUGUUGACGUGGAGCGUGGCGUGACGGAGCGCGGCGUGUAUCUUCUGUGGGAUCCCACCAGCUGGAAGAAAGUCCGACGCGAAUUCAUUCUUCGAUACGAAGACUUGGACAACCGGUUGGAUCCCAAUCGCGGCGUUGCCCGUCCACCUGGCGUGGCGCAUCAUGCCUCAUGA